CUUUCGUUUUGCGGUAUGGGCUUUAUCAAGUUGUAUUCAAUGCAAUUUAAGAGAGAGGACUGGAGGUUUUUGCUCAAUCAAGCUUUUAUAUUGGAGAAUGAUGAAUUGAACAACGGAGACACGACCGGCGUCGAUUACGACACUGAUGAUGAGGAUAAUGAAAAGUUUUCUGGUCAUAUUUUGGUUUAUUCGCGGAAAUUUUUGUCAACAACUUCGCUUCUUUCCCAAAUGUAUAGCUUUACGGGUUUUGUUUAUAUUCUAUCCCCUUUUAUUGAAUAUGGGAUUUAUAAAAUAAAAGGCGAAGAUGUGGAUUGGCUGCAUAUUUUGCCGGUAUGGUCGCCAUUAGAUAUCAGUGCCUUUGGUUAUGCAGCGACAGUAAUUGCUGAAAUCGUUGCUUCUGCUUAUUGUGUAUGCGUGCACAUUGUGUUUGAUUCCUUUGCUACUGGUACUAUGAUAUUUGUAUGUGGCCAGUUUUCAUUACUUCACGCUUAUAGCCAGAGAAUCGGCGGAAGUGGCAAGAAAUUUAAUUUAUGCCAGGAACGAGACGCUCGAGCCCAUUAUAGGAUUAAGAAAUGCCACUUCAUUCAUGUUACUUUGUUACGUAUGGUAAAACAAUUAGAUGAAAUCAUCCGGAAUAUUGUCGGGAUAUACUUCUUCGUGGCUACACUGACUCUCUGUUGUGUAUGUAUACAGCUACAAUCAAAGGACUUAAGCGCCACCCAACUAAUAUCACUUCUUCAGUACAUGUGCGCAACUCUCACUCAGCUUUUUCUCUACUGUCAUUACGGGGACGCAGUACACAAUGAGAGCGUUGUUGCUUUAGGCGAAGGCCCAUUCGCAUCAGCUUGGUGGAGUCUGGGAAAAAAAAUGCGCUCUGAAGUUGGGAUCCUUUGUAUAAGAAUGUCUCGAAGCUGCAAACUAUUCGCCGGACCAUUCAACGUUCUCAAUUUGGAGUCUUUUAUACAGAUUGUCCGAACGGCAUACAGUUAUUAUGCAGUAUUACGACAGACAUCCGAAUGA